AAACAAGCAGCCUAAAAGUCAACUACUAGCCCAAAUCUAACAAUCUACUGUUAAGCUACUAAGGGUAAAAGUCACCGCGUUUGUAGAUGACUUUUACGGCUGACUUUUCCGCAAAAGUCACCCGAUCCCGCGGGCAUGAGGGGUCUCCCGAUUGCCGAUUGCCAGUAAAGCUCUUAUUACUAUUCAUACUCUGGUAACUGUCUUAGGCCUCUACCUUUUGGCUAGGACUUGGAACGAAUGGCUCUCGCCAAUACAGCAUACCGGCCUCAGGCUCAAAACAGACGACGAUGCACUACGGAACGUAAAGUGACACCGAUGUUCAAAUAUACGCAUUAUCGGCGGAUCGCUUUUUCGUCACACCCUAGUGGCCGGAUGCGAACAUCGGCAACAGAGUCGGCAAGCGCAGAUGACUUGUUGCCAACUAAACUUGAACUCCUUAAAAAGGUUGCCUGCCUUGACCGUGGAGCUAUUGCGAGCAGCAACGACAAGUACGAGGUGUCCAGCUUCGUAGAGGUCCUGGAAGAGGCGACCAGCUCCUCUGGUGAGGGUGCCGUACAACUGGACGCCGUGCAGGGAAAGUGGGAGCUGCUGUACAGCUCCGUCGAGCAAUUCCGCUCGUCUCCCUUCUUCCUGGCCUUCCAGGAGGGACUGGUGCAGAACCGUGAGGUCGCAGCCAAGAUAUUUGCCUUCACAGACGCCAUUCCAGGCGCAAAGGUGGGCGCCGCCUACCAAACCAUCAGCUUUGACACUGGAAAACUCAUAAGUGAAGUAGACCUGGAGCUCUUCCCAGCCCUCCGUGGUACGGUCGUCACGACCUGCAGUGUCGUACAGGAGCCUCCAUGCAGCCUUUCCUUGAUGGUGGAAAACACCCGCGUCAGCAACUCUAAUGUGUUGCCUUUCUUGGACAGUUUGGCGGUGCCGGUGCAGAAGGUAGUUGAGGCGGUCCGGGGCCCGGGCGCCACACUAGUCACGCUGGACGUGACAUACUUAGACGAGGACUUGCGGGUGGUCCGUACCCGCCCGGACAACGAGAUCUUCAUCUACAGGAGGGUCUAAUAUGUGAGCGGUUAAGUUGCAUUUAGGAGCAUAGAGCUGGUGAUUGGAAGGAGCGUAGGAGCCGCCUCCUGAUUGAUGCAUUAGCGAGAGUGAGUGACAACUACGAGCGCUGAGGACUUGGAGAGGAGAGGAAGACCCUGUGCAUGCUGGCAUAUGCAUGCCUCGGCUGCCGUUUUGGUCUCGAUACGCGAAGUGAGCACAGCGUUGUGUAGGUUCGAGUGAAAAGACUGUAAUUGGGCGUGGGGUUAUGAAGGGAGCAGUGGUAGAAAGCUCUUCUGCUACAAGAAGGUUUGGAAAGGCCCCGGGUCUUCGGACACCUAGCAACAUGUGGAAUUUUAUGGGCACGUGGUGUGGGCGCCUCUUCCUCAUUUGGCUCGAGGCAUGCAGGCGGGGUACAUGUUUGCAGGACAGCCCGGACUU